AUGAAGAGUCUCUUGACGCUUCUCCCGGCGCUGCGCCUAGUAAACUGGGCGCCGCCGGCCCAAGGCGCCGCGGCAACCAAAACCACCACCUCGACAGUCGCCAAUCCGUGCUCCGCCGACACGUUCAGAUUCCCCACAGAGCUCGAGGGGGCAGACCUCGUCAGCGUGACGGCGGCUGAGGUCAGAGACCUGACGUUCAAGCCGCAGACGCCGGAGGGUCGCGCAGCCAUCCCAUCGUCGGGCGGUGUCAGCUUCUGUAACGUCACGGUCAAGUAUGUCCACACGGGCUUCGACGACGUGACGCGGGUGCAGGUGUGGCUGCCGCCUGCAGAAAGUUGGAACGAGCGGUUCGUGGGCGUCGGCGGAGGGGGUUACUCGGCCGGGCAGUUUGGUAGUGAGAAAGUCGUUGCAACGUUGGCGCAGGGCUAUGCAACGAGCUCGACGGACGCCGGGCAUGACGACAAGACGUGGGAGCAGGCGCCGUGGGCGCUCAAGAGCGACGGCACGAUCAACGAGCGACUGCUCGUCAACUACGCACACGUGUCGGUGCACGACAUGACCAUCAUCGCCAAGUCCAUCGUGGCCCAGUAUUACUCGAAGACGCCCAAGUACUCUUACUGGAGCGGGUGCUCGACGGGCGGCCGGCAGGGUAUUAUCGAAGCGCAGCGGUACCCCGCCGACUACGACGGCAUUCUUUCCGGGGCGCCGGCCGUGAACCAGCCGAGCCUGAUCAUCAGCACGUACUGGCCGCAGUUCGUGAUGAACCAGAAAAAGGUCUACCCGCACAUCUGCGAGAUGAUUUUCAUCACCCAGCUCGCCAUCGACGCCUGUGACGAGCUGGACGGGGUCAAGGACGGCAUCAUUGCGGACCCCGACAGAUGCACCUUCGACCCCGCCAGCGUUGUCGGGAAGGAACUCGACUGCGGAAACAUGAAGAUGACCAUGUCGGCGGAGACGGCCGAGAUUGCGCGGGAAAUCUGGCGGGGCCCGCACGGCGCAGACGGCAAGCCCCUUUGGCUGGCCAAGGGAUACCCCGUGGGCGCGCCCUUCACGGGCCGUUUCGGCCUGGGCAACACCAACUGCAGCGUCCCGGGGCAAGCGUGCUCUGGGCAGCCCUUCAAGAUGUCGGUGGAGUGGAUCCGAAACCUCGUGUACAAGAACCGGGGCUACGACGUGGGCAAGAUGAGCCUCGCCGAUCUGGAGGCGGCGUAUCAAAUUAGCCGGAAGGAGUACGAGGGCAUUAUCGGGGGCAACAACCCAGACCUGUCGGAGUUCAAGCGGCUAGGAAAGAAGAUGAUUAGCUGGCACGGGCUAUCUGACGAGUGCGUUACGAUGCGGACGUCGAGGGACUACUACGACCGGGUGCUUGAGGCGGACACGGGAGCCGCCGGGUACUAUCGCCACUACGAAGCGCCCGGCGUGUUCCACUGCUACGGGCUCAACGGCACGUUCUACCCGCUCAAGGGGCUCGACACUCUGCGGGCCUGGGUCGAGGACGGAAGAGUGCCGGAGGUGCUGGAUGGGUUCAAGGUCAGCGGGCGCAACGAGAGCGAGGCACCGACGAGGCCGCUGUGCGCGUAUCCCUCGGCAGUCCGUUUCAACGGUGGCGAUAAGGACAAAAGGGAGUCGUGGAGCUGCGAGAAGCAGCCAGAAGGACGCAAGUGGGAUCGAGACGAGCUGUAG